UCACUGAUGCCCUCUCCUGGUGAAAAUUGUUUACUGUUGGCUUUUAUUUUGAAAGUACACGAAGACACGCGGAAGAAAAGGUCCGAGCAAACUCUCGAGCUGGCGGGAAAUCUGAGCGAGAAGAACAGUUUACACUGACAACAUUCACUCCGCGUGGUUCACUUGAGCUUUGUGGAGGGAUUGUUGGGACUUUUCGGCUCCUUAAUAAACCGGAAGGGACUUACCAAGGAAGAUAAUCUUCAGUCAUUAUUUGGACUGAUGUGUUUAUGAGUUUAAAUCCAGCUGUUUGGACUGCACGUCACGCACACACACACAGGGGCAGAACCGUAGUGUGUUAUAGUUCCUGUCGUGAUCCAAUAAAGUAGUUUUAACAUGGUUCAAAUAGUCAUCUCAAGUAAAAGCGGUGAGACCCCUGGUGAGUGGCUGCUUGUGGAGUUACAGGGAGAGAUGGUGUCACGACAUAACACUGGAUUGGCUGGAAACCUUAUGGGUGACCUGCACUACACCAAAGAGGGAGUACCAGUGCUGAUUGUAGGACAUCACAUCCUUUAUGGGAAACAGGUCAAACUGGAGAAACCCUUUGCUGUUCUGAUGAAGCACUCUGGCCUCCCGCAGGAAGAUGAGGUAUCCAUGGAAACUGGCCAGGAGAAGCCUACCUCCUACACUGUAUCUGCUAUUAUCAAAAAGAAGCUGAUCUUUAAAACGCGUCCUAAACCUAUUAUUACUAACGUGCCCAAGAAGGUUUAGUGGCUGAAGCCUAUAACCUGAUGGGCAUUCACGGUGUUGCAUACUAUCUAUUUUGAAAAAUACCUGGCUUAAAGGGGUGCUCUUAAAAUCUUUCCAAAUAGGCUUUUGGAAUAAAAGACUGUUCUGUGAGGUCUGGAUAUAUGAGAAAAAUUAAAAGUGGACUGCUUGCAGUUUUUCCAGGACAAAUCCUAUUUGGAGGUGUCUGAUGUGUUGGUUCAUCAGUGCAAAAAAUAGAAGUGACGCUGGUACAUUUUCUAGGACAAAGAAAGAUAAGAGUCAGAGAAAAAGUUUAUUUCCAUAAAAACAAUUUGCAGGUGUUAUAAAGGUCUGCAAAAAUAAACGUAACGUUGCAAUAUUGAUAGAAAAUCUUUUUUUUCUCCAUAAACAUAAAACAGUUUUACAUAUUUAACAAAUUACACAAUAUACUGUAUGUACUGUAAAUGGGUUCAAACAAAAUGACUGUGCUCUUAUGCAUUUACAACCAAAGACGAAAAGGAAUUAAAAUGAUGUUUGUUGUCAUUAGUGUUUCUGACGUGAAUGUGUCGAGACACCAAUGAUGGUCUUAAAUAGUUAACACUUUUUCUAACCAUAAAACAAUUUUGUAGUGCUCAUUUUACUGGAUUCACAAAAAUGCCAAUGUAUAUUGAUAAAAAUACAGCAACACACUGGUUUAUAUUAGACAUUUACAGUAGAUAUUUAAAAUUUAAUAUUUAAAUACAUUUUAAAUAUUUAUAAUAAUUAGUGAUAUAUAAUUAAUGAUCCACAUUAUUGGUCAGUGUCUGUUCAACAGUGUAUCUUUCGUCAGAAAUAACAUUAAGAAUAUACAUGACGUCAUAAGUUAGUUCACUGGGCAAAGGUUAAUGUGUUUGCCAUGUACUAUGCUUUGGUUGCCCUUAAACCUCAUUAGCUAGGCAUAAAAAAAAUAGCAAUCAACAUAAUUUAACUGGAGUACGACAAGUUAUCUAGUUAUUUGAUUGUUUUACCUAGGGAUGUCCUGGAGAUCACGUUACAAGAGACGAUUCUAUGGUUGUUGAAUAGGACAGGGAAAUGCUGGUGAAAUCUACAUCAGCAGCUCACUAAAAUCUACUGCAUAGACCACUACAUUUAAAUUACUAAAAACAGAACGCUGAGAUAAAAUCUGCUCGUCCUGGGCAUACAGGCUAGUGAUUUGUCUUUUCUGCUGCAUUUUGUUGAUAAACCUAAUUGUUUCUUCUUAUAGUCUUCCCUUAAAGCAGUAAUUUGGAAAACUAUCCUCAAACGCAUAUAAAAGUUGUGGCUAUUUACAUCAAUUUUGUUCUACAGGUUUUACAACAAAACAUCUUAUGUGCAUAGAAUGCCUCAAUAUGGGAAUUUGUCCAGAUGAGAAGCUUUUGUGCUGAAAGCCAUUUCAUGAAUUACGCCAUCACACACUACUCAGAAAAACUCCCAGAGAUCAUUCCUCCUGCCUGAUUAUGGUGUCAGAGAGGCAGGUGUAUAUUGUGCUUAUGUAAUAAAUCAGUAACCCCACAAACUGGCACUGGAAGGGACAGUACAUGUGAUUAAACACUCUACAACACGUUAUGUCUGCUGCUUUGGCAUUCGUACAGGCUCUAGGCAAAACAGAACUCCAAACCAAUGUUUUGAACAUAUUGUAAUUCUACAAGUGCUAAUAAACAUUUAAUUCACAGACUUGCAGGUAAACAUAAAAACUUUUGGGUAUCUAUAAUGUUUAGCAGUUUGUUAGUAUGAAAAAUUACAUAGUUAAUAUGACACUGAUAUGCAAAAACAAGUAUUUUGUCUAAUUUUGUAUGUCUAUAAAGAAAUAUUUAACAAUCUAUAAAAGGUAUUCUAGUUUAAACAUUUUAUUACUAUUAACAUGUAAACAAACAGCAACUUGUUUUAUUUUGCACAUUUAAGUUUCAAGUUGCAUUGUCAAGCUUGAUGCAUUUCUGCUUAAGGAAAAUGUGGCUGGUGAGUUUAGUUGCAAUUUGCAGCUUUAUCUAAAGUAACAGCAAAUGUAAAAUAAAAAUAAAAAGUGUGUGGUGUAAGAUUAAUUCUAAGCAAAUAAACCUUAAAAUAUGCUUUGGUUGUUCCCAGUACAGCAUAAAAGAAUGUUUCCUGAAGAAUUCUGCAGUAAAUGUUAAGAAAUAAGUUUAAACAAAAUGAAACAACAGAUACUUUUGGUAUAGUACAAACCCCAACAGGAUACUGAUUAGUACUGCAUUUACCACUGUUCAAUGUAAGGCAAAUAAUAUCAGAUUUCAUGAAAAUCAUGACCGCUCAUUUUCAGUGUAAGUUUGCAGUGUAUAAUUAUGGGGUUCUUCCCAGGAACGGUACACAUUUCACCACAGUGUGUGAUUCGUAUUUGAGUCCAAGCACCCACACCACUCUAUUUGCGUAUGGUGGUGUGAGCUCAGCACCAUGAUUGAACAUUUCCUCUGAUCUAUGUGUUCUAUUUAAGAU